AUGGAAACAUCAAAUAACUAUAAUAUUAAUAUACUCGAUUUACCUGAUGAAAUUUUACUUGCAGUUUUCAAUAAGUUGAAUAUGGUCGAUGCAUUCUAUUCAUUAGUAUAUGCUAAUAAACGAUUUAAUCGAUUAACACUUAAUCCUUUUUAUAUUCAUAAUCUUGAUUUGGCUGUUAAACGUUUAUUGCUUCAACAAGUUUCUCCAUUAGAUACCCAAGAGAUUGAUACAAUUUGUAAAAAAAUCUUACCAAGAAUUCAUCAUCAUAUAUACAAACUUACUGUUCCAUCAUAUGUAAUUGAAUGUAUUAUUAAUAUUAAUUAUCCUCAACUUCAAUCUUUAUCACUUGUCAAUUUUGAAGAACAAAAAUUAUCAGAAUAUUUAACAGGUAAUACUCAAUUUAAUCAUAAGAACAUGGAAAAUCUUCUACAUAAAUUGAUAAUCAUAUUUUUUGUAGGAGAAACAACUGCUUAUCGUUUAUUAACAAAUCAAAUCAAACAUCUUAAUGUCGAUAUUGUUUAUGAUAAAAAUGCAUCAAAUAUAUAUUUACUAAUAUUAUCUUUGGGCAAACAUUUAACUGAUCUGACGUUUCAUAAUCGAUUCUCAUCUGAACAUCUAGGAAAUCCAACCUUUGUUGUAUCAUCAAUUCAUAUAUCUUCAACUUUGACUAAACUAAUUAUUAAUGUAACUAUAUUUGAUGAUUGUCUUUAUCUUCUCGAUGGAAGUCUUCAAUCUUUAACGGCAUUGAUUAUUGAUAUAAUUGGAAUCUUCGAGUUAUCAUCAAUCAUAGAUAACACGAAAAAACUUCCUAAACUGAAACAAUUUUCAUUAACCUCGAACCGUCUGACAUUUUCUUAUGACGAGAAAAUUGUUUCAUUACUUUGUCCAAUGAUGAAUAUCGGAGAUUUAACAUUAUUUCUCAAUGUAAGAAGACUUGAUUCUAUUUAUAUUGAUAAUUAUAUUGAUGGUACUCAUUUAUAUAACGAUGUUCUUGCUUUUAUACUACAACUUCACAAAUUUACUUUCAGUAUUAAUACUUACGCUCGUAUCAGUAAUACUGGGUUUCCAUCGAAUGAUGAUAUCCAGCAUAGCUUCAUUCAAAAAGGAAAUCGACAUGUUGGUUCAUAUGUUCAUAAUAGAUUACAUAUGCAGACUGGUCAAUGUCAUGUUUUUCUCUUUCAUAUUAAUUCGACACUUAUCUUCUGA